AUGGCGGGGGCCGGGGGUCCCCUGCGCCUCCGCGACUGGCUGGUGGCGCAGAUCGAGAGUGGGCGCUACGCGGGGUUGUGCUGGGAGGACGCAGACAAGACCCUCUUCCGCAUCCCCUGGAAGCACGCGGCCCGGCAGGGCUACCGGGCGCAGCAGGACGCGGCGCUCUUCAGGGCCUGGGCCAUACACAAGGGCAAACACCUAGAGGGCAUCGACAAGGAGGACCCCACCACCUGGAAGACUCGACUCCGCUGUGCCCUCAACAAGAGUGCUGACUUCUGUGAGGUGCGUGAGUGCAGCCAGCGGGACAGUUCCAGCCCCUACAAGGUCUACAGGAUCGUGGCCCCCGGUGCCCAUGGCCCAGGUGCCAGAGCUUGUGCUCCCCCUGAAAAGAACAUUCCACGGAAGCAGCAGGAGCCCCCUGGAGAAGUGACAGAGCUGGCCUGCGGGACAGACCAGGAUGAUUCCAGAUCAACCACAGAGGAUAAGGACACCAAGCAAGCCCCCACGCAGACCCAGCAGGGCUCCCUGCCACCAGCAGCUCAGCUCCCAGCCCCUCUGGCUGACCACAGGUACCAGGCACAGGACCCUACACACCACUGGAGCCCCUUGCUCUCUGAGGACUUCAGCAACCCUGAUUGCUGGCUGCACGUGCGGCUGUUCUACGGCGGGAAGCUGGUGCGCGAAACCACCACGCGCGUGGCCGAGGGCUGCCGCCUGAGCCCCCGGGCGGUCACAGCAGCGGAGCGCCUGCUGGGGCCGCCAAGACGCAUGGCGCACGUGCGCCUCCCGGAGCCGCCGCCCGGCGCCGGCGUGCUGGAGCGCUUGCUGCGGCACCUGGAGCGGGGCGUGCUGCUGUGGGUGGCCCCUGAGGGCGUGUUCGCCAAGCGCCUGUGCCGGGGCCGCGUGUACUGGCGCGGCCCGCUCGCCCCGCACCGCGCGCAGCCCAACAAACUGGAGCGUGAGCGCACCCACCAGCUGCUCGACACGCUACUCUUCCUCGAGGAAUUGCGCGCCCACCUUCAGGACGGUCGCCAGGAGCCCGAGUACCAAAUCCGUCUGUGCUUUGGUGAGGAGUACCCAGGGCCGCCAGACCAGCCGGAGGAGCGGCUCAUCAUGGCCCACGUGAGUCACCUCCCACUCCAGUGAAGAGCCACACCUUCCAGUCACCACCAGCAGCCCCUUACUGACUCUGUCCAGUCCCCAGCUCCUGACCCGAUGACCCUCGGGUCUGUAGGACCCUGCACAUAAAGUGCCUGUGGGGUGGGACUGUCACCAGCUGGUGACUUCCCACCAGAACAUAGGGG